CGGGCGUCCGGGCGGGGACCCGGCCCGCGACCGCGGCGCGGGGCGGCCGAGGCCCAGCUCCAGGACACACGCGCCCUGAGCCCGGGAGGCAUGCUGAAGCCGGGCUGCCGGCAGAAUGAGUGUGAAAGAGGCGGGCAGCUCCGGCCGCCAGGAGCAGGCGGCCUACCACCUGCACAUCUACCCACAGCUGUCCACCGAGAGCCAGGCCUCGUGCUGCGUGACCGCCACCAAGGACAGCACCACGUCAGAUGUCAUCCAGGACGCCAUUGCCAUCCUGCGCCUGGACGGCACCAAGUGCUACGUGCUGGUGGAGGUCAAGGAGUCGGGUGGCGAGGAGUGGGUGCUGGAUGCCAACGACUCACCAGUGCACCGCGUGCUGCUGUGGCCCCGGCGGGCUCAGGACGAGCACCCGCAGGAGGACGGCUACUACUUCCUGCUGCAGGAGCGCAACGCAGACGGCACCAUCAAGUACGUGCACAUGCAACUGGUGGCCCAGGCCACGGCCACCCGGCGCCUGGUGGAGCGCGGCCUCCUGCCACGGCAGCAGGCAGACUUUGACGACCUGUGCAACCUCCCCAAGCUGACCGAGGACAACCUCCUGAAGAACCUGAAGCACCGCUUCCUGCAGCAGAAGAUCUACACGUACGCGGGAAGCAUCCUGGUGGCCAUCAACCCCUUCAAGUUCCUCCCCAUUUACAAUCCCAAGUAUGUGAAGAUGUACGAGAACCAGCAGCUCGGCAGGCUGGAGCCGCACGUCUUCGCGCUGGCCGACGUGGCCUACUACGCCAUGCUCCGAAAGCGGGUGAACCAGUGCAUCGUGAUUUCGGGCGAGAGCGGCUCCGGCAAGACCCAGAGCACCAACUUCCUCAUUCACUGCCUCACUGCCCUCAGCCAGAAGGGCUAUGCCAGCGGUGUGGAGAGGACCAUCCUGGGCGCCGGCCCCGUGCUGGAGGCUUUCGGAAACGCCAAGACAGCCCACAACGACAACUCCAGCCGAUUUGGGAAAUUCAUCCAGGUCAACUACCUGGAGAGCGGCAUCGUGAGAGGAGCUGUCGUCGAAAAAUAUCUGCUUGAAAAGUCUCGCCUGGUCUCUCAGGAGAAGGAUGAGAGGAACUACCACGUGUUUUAUUAUUUGUUACUUGGUGUCAGCGAGGAAGAGCGCCAAGAAUUUCAGCUCAAGCAGCCUGAAGAUUAUUUCUACCUCAACCAGCAUAACUUGAAUAUUGAAGAUGGGGAAGACCUGAAGCACGACUUUGAGAGACUCAAGCAGGCCAUGGAGAUGGUGGGCUUCCUCCCUGCCACCAAGAAGCAGAUUUUUUCCGUCCUCUCAGCCAUCCUGUACCUGGGCAACGUCACUUACAAGAAGAGAGCCACAGGCCGAGAGGAAGGCCUGGAGGUCGGGCCCCCCGAGGUGCUGGACACACUGUCCCAGCUUCUGAAGGUGAAGCGAGAAAUCUUGGUGGAAGUUCUGACCAAAAGAAAAACAGUGACUGUCAACGACAAGCUCAUCCUUCCCUACAGCCUCAGCGAGGCCAUAACCGCCCGAGACUCCAUGGCCAAGUCGCUGUACAGCGCCCUGUUCGACUGGAUCGUGCUGCGGAUCAACCACGCCCUCCUCAACAAGAAGGACGUGGAAGAGGCAGUCUCAUGCCUGUCCAUCGGGGUCCUGGACAUCUUUGGCUUUGAAGACUUCGAGAGGAACAGUUUUGAGCAGUUCUGCAUCAACUAUGCCAAUGAGCAGCUACAGUAUUAUUUCAAUCAGCACAUCUUCAAACUGGAGCAGGAGGAGUAUCAGGAUGAGGGGAUCACGUGGCACAACAUCGACUACGCAGACAACGUGGGCUGCAUCCAUCUCAUCAGCAAGAAGCCCACGGGCCUCUUCUACCUGCUGGAUGAGGAGAGCAACUUCCCCCACGCCACGAGCCAGACCCUGCUGGCCAAGUUCAAGCAGCAACACGAGGACAACAAGUACUUCCUCGGCACCCCAGUCAUGGAGCCGGCCUUCAUCAUCCAGCACUUCGCAGGGAAAGUGAAAUACCAGAUCAAGGACUUCCGGGAGAAGAACAUGGACUACAUGCGGCCCGACAUCGUGGCCCUGCUGCGGGGCAGCGACAGCUCGUACGUGCGCGAGCUCAUCGGCAUGGAUCCCGUGGCGGUGUUCCGCUGGGCCGUGCUCCGGGCCGCCAUCCGGGCCAUGGCUGUGCUCCGGGAGGCUGGACGCCUGCGGGCCGAGAGGGCCGAGAAGGCCGCAGCAGGUACAGGCAGCCCUAGCGCCCGAGGUCACCCGGGAGAGCUGCCAAGAGGAGCCAACACCCCUUCGGAAAAACUUUACCGCUGCUCAAUGCUAGAUUUCUCAUUUGACGGCUCUGAGGAGUUCGAUAUUAACGCUUUUGAGGACAUCAUUGCUUUCUAUGAAAGCAAGAACGAUUUGCAUAACCAAAUCAUCAAGAGCAUCAAAGGACUGCCCUGGCAGGGCGAGGACCCCCGUAGGCUCCUGCAGUCCCUCAGUCGGCUCCAGAAACCCCGCACCUUCAUCCUGAAAAGUAAAGGUAUCAAACAAAAGCAGAUCAUUCCAAAGAACCUGCUGGACUCCAAGUCCCUGAAACUGAUCAUCAGCAUGACUCUGCACGACCGAACCACCAAGUCCCUGCUGCACCUGCACAAGAAGAAGAAGCCGCCGAGCAUCAGCGCCCAGUUCCAGACAUCUCUUAACAAGCUCUUGGAGGCGCUGGGGAAGGCAGAGCCCUUCUUCAUCCGCUGCAUCCGCUCCAACGCCGAGAAGAAAGAGCUGUGCUUCAACGACGAGCUGGUUCUGCAGCAGCUACGCUACACGGGCAUGCUGGAAACCGUGCGCAUCCGGAGGUCUGGCUACAGCGCCAAGUACACGUUCCAGGAUUUCACAGAGCAGUUCCAGGUGCUGCUGCCCAAGAGCGCGCGGCCCUGCAGGGAGGUCAUCUCCGCCUUGCUGGAGAAGAUGGGUGUGGACAAGAGGAACUACCAGAUCGGGAAGACCAAGGUCUUCCUGAAGGAGACGGAGCGGCAGGCCCUGCAGGAGACGCUGCACCGGGAGGUCGUGCGGAAGAUCCUGCUCCUGCAGAGCUGGUUCCGGAUGGCGCUGGACCGGCGGCGCUUCCUGCAGAUGAAGCGUGCGGCGGUCGCCGUCCAAGCGCACUGGCGGUCCUACCGGGUCCGGCGGGCGCUGGAGAGGACGCAGGCCGCCAUGUACCUCCAGGCCAUGUGGAGGGGCUACCGCCAGCGGCUGGCCUACAGGCGCCAGAGACAGAGCAUCAUCCGCCUGCAGAGCCUCUGCCGGGGCCACCUGCAGCGCAAGAGCUUCAGCCAGAUGGUCUCGGAGAAGCAGGAGGCAGAAGAGGAGAGGGAGGCCCAGCAAGCCGUGACAGCAGAGGCCGAGGAGGCCAGGCCAGGCCAGGCCCCUGUCAGGGAGCUGGCGGCCGAGCAGGCCCCGGAGCCCUUGGAGGACAGCUGGCACCCACUGUUGGAGUCGCAGGCCUUGCCGAGCGAUGGGUCCCCAGCAGAGCAGUCCACACCGGACAAGGAGGCCCUGAGUCUAGCGAAGGCUCUCCCGUCCCAGAAGAACGUGACGGCCGAAAAUCAUGAGAAAGUCACCAGCAGCCGGGAGAAGCGAGAGUCUCGUCGCCAAAGGGGACUGGAGCAUGUGAAGCUCCAGAACAAGCACAUCCAGUCCUGUAAGGAAGACAGUGCUCUCAGAGAACCUUCUGGAAGGGCCAUCCAGGAGCAAGGGGAGGGCCUCCCGGAAGACAAAAAGGAGAGCAGAGAAGAUGAAAGUCCUCCAGAUGCAGAGGCAGAGACUGAGGAUGAUUCUCGAAAGCAGCCUGUGGAGAGACCCCAGGCUACACCAGUCAGCGGGGUCUCCCCAGAAACCGAGAAGGCUCCCGAGAGUGGGAACCUAAGGCCUGGCCGCAUGGAACGGCCGACCAGCCUAGCCCUAGACAGUAGGGUGGGCCCGCCAGCCCCCGGCAGCACCCCGGAGACCCCCAAGGACGAGAGCAAACUAUGCGACAGCCCAAGAGCUCAGGACAAGUCCGAGAGCCCCGGAGGUUCCACCCAGAUCCAGCGGUGUCCGGACGCCGAGCGGCUCGCCCACGCUGUGGAACUGUGGCGCAGCAAGAAGCUGUUGGCUGCCACCACCACUGGCAGUGGCACCAUGCUUAGCCAGUCCCUGGACCUCAGUGAGAGGCACCGAGCCGUGGGGGCCACCCUCACACCCACAGAGGAAAGGCGCAUCUCCUUAUCCACGAGUGAUGUCUCCAAGCUCCUCCCGUCCCCAGCCAAGGCUCAGCCCGCAGCAGAAGCCACUGACAGGGAGCCCAGCUCGAAGAAGCCAGCCGUCCAGAAGAAGAAAUCGGGCGAGGUGUCCUCCGGCCCAGAUGCCGGGCUGUCGCCAGGCUCCCAGGUUGACUCUAAAUCCACGUUUAAGAGACUUUUCCUGCAUAAAACCAAGGAUAAAAAGUACAGCCUGGAGGGCGCGGAGGAGACGGAGAAUGCAUUCCCUGGGGUCCUGCUGGAGGCCACCACCAUGAAGAAGGCUCUGGAAGUCCCCUCCGGCCACCAGCACCGCUACAUAGCAGGUGAGAAGCACACCAAGGAGCUGGGAGGCAAAGGGAAGAAGAACCGAAACCUCAAGAUCGGCAAAAUCACAGUGUCGGAGAAGUGGCGAGAAUCGGUGUUCCGCAAGAUCACCAACGCCAACGAGCUCAAGUACCUGGACGAGUUCCUGCUCAACAAGAUAAAUGACCUACGCUCCCAGAAGACUCCCAUCGAGAGCUUAUUUAUUGAAGCCACUGAGAAGUUCAGGAGCAACAUCAAAACCAUGUACUCUGUACCCAAUGGGAAGAUCCACGUGGGCUACAAGGACCUCAUGGAAAACUACCAGAUUGUCGUCAGCAACCUGGCCACCGAGCGCGGUGAGAAGGACACCAACCUGGUCCUCAACCUCUUCCAGUCGCUGCUGGAUGAGUUCACCCGCAGCUACAGCAAGAACGACUUUGAGCCCGUGAAGCAGAGCAAAGCUCAGAAAAAGAAGCGGAAGCAAGAACGUGCUGUCCAGGAGCACAACGGCCACGUGUUCGCCAGCUACCAGGUGAGCAUCCCGCAGUCGUGCGAGCAGUGCCUCUCCUACAUCUGGCUCAUGGACAAGGCCUUGCUCUGCAGCGUGUGCAAGAUGACCUGCCACAAGAAGUGUGUGCACAAGAUCCAGAGCUGCUGCUCCUACAUGUGCGGGAGGAAGGGCGAGUCAGGUGCCGAGCACGGCCACUUCGGCGUGUGUGUGGACAGCCUAACCAACGACAAGGUCUCCGUGCCCAUCGUGCUGGAGAAGCUUCUGGAACACGUGGAGAUGCACGGCCUGUACACUGAGGGCCUCUACCGCAAGUCAGGUGCGGCCAACCGCACUCGGGAGCUCCGGCAGGCACUGCAGACAGACCCGGCGGCAGUGAAGCUGGAGGACUUCCCGAUCCAUGCCGUCACCGGGGUGCUGAAGCAGUGGCUACGGGAGCUGCCUGAACCCCUCAUGACAUUCGCCCAGUACAGCGACUUUCUCCGGGCCGUCGAACUGCCUGAGAAGCAGGAGCAGUUGGCUGCCAUCUACGCUGUCCUGGAGCACCUCCCAGAGGCCAACCACAGCUCCCUAGAGCGGCUCAUCUUCCACCUUGUCAAGGUGGCCCUGCUCGAGGAUGUGAACCGCAUGUCACCCGGGGCGCUGGCCAUCAUCUUUGCACCCUGCCUCCUGCGCUGCCCUGACAACGCAGACCCGCUGACCAGCAUGAAGGAUGUGCUCAAGAUCACCACGUGUGUGGAGAUGCUGAUCAAGGAGCAGAUGCGCAAGUACAAAGUGAAGAUGGAGGAGAUCAGCCAGCUGGAGGCGGCCGAGAGCAUCGCCUUCCGCAGGCUUUCGCUGCUGCGACAAAAUGCUUCACUCCUGUGUGGUCACCCGUGUUCAUCUCUCUCCCAGCCAUGGCCUCUCAAACUGGGGUUUUCGUCUCCCCAUGAGGGGGUCCUGAACAAGAGCCCCAAGGCCCGGGCGAGCCAGGGCAGCGGCCUGGAGGAGCUGGAGGUGCUGCCGGAGGAGGAGGUGGCCGGCGGUGAGGAGGACCGAGAGAAGGAGAUCCUCAUCGAGCGGAUCCAGUCCAUCAAGGAGGAGAAGGAGGACAUCACUUACCGGCUGCCAGAGCUGGACCCAAGGGGCUCUGACGAGGAGAACCUGGACUCAGAGACGUCCGCCAGCACCGAGAGUCUGCUGGAGGAGCGGGCUGGGCGGGGGGCCACGGAAGGUCAGUAUUAAGGGCCCCCUGUGCCUGCUCUCCCCUGCCCCAGCACGCCCGCCCCGAGCCCCCUCCCCACGGCGGGCGCCCCUCCACGACGAAGGCCUUCGUCCUUCGUAACGGUCAGAGUGAAGAUGCCCCGGCGGACCCCCAUAAUGCCCACGGCCAACAUCAAGCUCCCGCCGGGCCUACCCUCCCACCUGCCCAGCUGGCCACCAGGUGCCCGGGAGGCUUCUGCCCCAGUGAGGCGCCGAGAACCACCUGCCCGCCGCCCGGACCAGGUACACUCCGUGUACAUCACACCGGGGGCAGACCUGCCCGCACAGAUGUCUCUGGAGCCCCUGGACGAGGACAGCCGGCCGCCUGGGGCCAAGCGGAGGUACUCAGACCCCCCAAAGUACUGCCUACCCUCCACGUCGGGCCAGGCCAACGGCUGAAGGCCCACGGCUGCCAGAGUCUACGUGUCCAAGGCGGGCCCCUGGACUGGAGCUGCAAAGUGAGCAUUCGGCUCUCUGAGAAGGAUCCAGAACGAAAAGCUCCAAGAGCCGCUUGAGGUGGGCACCAGCUCCAAGUGCAGAGCCACGGCGGGGAGAGGCUGGCUGGGGCUGUGGGCCACCUGGCACCAAGGCCCCCACGCCACAGGCCCCCCAGAAGCAGCAGAUCGCGGCAGGCAGCCUCUCAUCUCUUCCCUUACUUUUUGUACGUUUUUGCAGUAACUGUUUGUUUGUAUGUGGUUUACAUAACUUUAAACUGUAACAGCCUUAACAGAAGACCAAAUCGUUUUUUAUAUGUGUAUGUACAAACUUUUCUAUUAACGCUGUGCGUCUCCCUUGUAAUCUGGACGUUAGUCGUCAGAGCAGAGGCCACUCGGCUGCUGUGCUUCUGGGGCUCAGACUCAUGCUGCAGUCGACAUGGGGAUGGUCAGCGUGCCUGGACCCUCCAGGAGGGUUUUAGACGCUUCAGGCGUCAGACCACCGCAAGUCUGUCUCCAACACGUGUCUCCAGUGGGCAGCCACCUGGCCCGUGUGCAUUCAAGGGGAUGCUGGAGCCUUCCAUGGGGGUUGUGGCUGUUGGCUGGAGCCAGGACAUGAGUCGGGGGCGGCCUCCACCCAGGGUACACGGACCUCAAGUGCCAGGGAGAGCCGAAUGUCGCCAUCACUCUGGACACCGCAGCCGGAGAAGGCCGCCCGUGGCUCUGUGCACCCCAGGUGACAGUACAAGAGCCAGUGACUCAGGACUGCUCACGGGUGGGGAGGGCAAGGCCUGAAGUUAGAUGUCCCUACAGGUCAACAGUGACAGCCUGGGGCUCUCUGGGAUGUGGCCCUUCUCUCAGGCUUGGCCCACUCCCCAGACACUUUGGACACAUGGCCACGGGUUUGGGACGGGGGCACCCUGCACAACG